CACCAUCCACUUCCACUAGAGCAGACUUCGUCACUUGUAUUUAUCUACUUGUCUUGUGAACAGUGCAAUUUGGAAAAUUUUUCUUUAUUUUGGUCGCCCGUGUAAUUGCACAAAAGCAACAAAAUGACUAGCCAAACCCAGGGUAUCCAACAAUUGUUGGCCGCUGAAAAGAAAGCUGCCGAAAAAGUUGCAGAAGCAAGAAAACGCAAGGCAAGAAGAUUGAAGCAAGCCAAGGAUGAAGCCACCGAAGAAAUUGAGAAAUAUCGCCAAGAAAGAGAACGCCAGUUCAAGGAAUUUGAAGCCAAGCACAUGGGUUCUCGUGAAGGUGUAGCAGCCAAAAUCGAUGCUGACACCCGCAUCAAAUUGGCCGAUAUGGAGCGUGCCAUUGGCUCUCGCAAAGAGCCUGUCAUCCAAGAAAUUUUACAAUAUGUCUAUAAUAUUAGCCCUGAAAUUCACAAGAACUACCAUCACAAGCAGUAAGAGACAAUAAAGUCAACCCAACUAAUAUCCUCCCAAUAGGCAGUAAACAACGCCCAUAAAACUGCUGUAGCUUUUAUUUGUUUUCUUCUUAAGUUUAAAAGGAAAAACAAAAGCAAUAGCUUAUAAUGUCGAUUGUUAAGACAUACAAUUAGAAAUGUGUAUAUUUUCCCAGAUAUUUUCCCCCGUUUUUGAAAGCAGUCAAAAAACAUUUUUAUGACAUAGAAAAACCAUCUUCUUUGGAUAGAGAAUAAAAAUGUUUAUGAAAUUUCUAUGAAGAAAAUUCAACGUUGUAUAAACACAUAUAUAGAGCUACCCAAACUAACAAUAUUUGGCUUUAAGUUUAAGAAAAGACCCCCAUCCACCCCACCCCUGCUUAAUAUUUAAAAAAAUGUAUUUUUCUUUAGUUCAAUUAAUAUUUGAAAAAGAAUGUAUUAUUGUUGUUGUUGUCUAAAGUAAUAAAUAAUUAAAGCUAUAAUAAAGCGAAGAUCUUCGUACACAAAAA